AUGGCGGGUAAUCCCAACCAUGUUCCAACUGGCCCUCUUUCUUGGGAGGAGAUACAAGCUCUCAGGCGCCUACUGGCUAGGCUUGAUACUCCAUCCACUAUAGCUCCUACCUCCACUGCAGCUUUCUCUACAAGUAUUCCAGCUAAUGCAUCCUCUUUUCCGUGGAUCAUAGAUUCUGGUGCCACAGAUCAUAUGACAGGUCGUUCUUCAUUUUUCGACUCCUACUCUACAUAUUCCGGUAAGGAUAAGGUUCGAGUGGCAGAUGGAUCCCUAUCUGGUGUUAUUUCAGGGAAAGGUUCCAUUCGCUGCUCUCCAACCCUUCCUCUUUCUUUAGUUCUUCGUGUGCCAAAUUUUCCUACUAAUCUUCUCUCCGAACUGGGUACAAGAAAGGUGAUUGGCAGUGGUAGAUCAUGUGAUGGCCUUUAUUAUCUGGAGUCUGCUCCUCGUCCGUCUCCUUCACCCAUGCCAAGUGGUCUGGCUCUUUUUACCAUCGCCAAUAGAAGGCGAUUACUGCUUUACUUCCAGCAACAAAUUCCAUCAUCUAAUUUUAACGGGUGGUGGCGUGUCCAAAAGCUCCUAAAUAUGCCAUCUUUGGACCCAGUGAAUACAACUACAAAUGGUGUGUAUCAGUCCGAGGAAUCCUGCCAUUGCUUUUCACUUGCUGAGAUACACCUGUAUAAAGGGUUCAUCAACGAUGGAACUACUGUUGUUGCCGUUAAGCGCUUGAAUGCUGAGUCCAAGCAAGGGACAAAAGAGUUUUGGACAGAGAUCAAGACACUUUCGACCCUCCGGCACCCCCAUCUUGUUACUCUGAUUGGCUAUUCGGAUGAAUUCGGUGAGAUGAUACUUGUUUAUGAUUAUAUGAUCAAUGGGACGCUUGCUGAGCUUCUGUAUAAAACGAGUAGGAAGAGAUGUGGUCCUGAUUUUCAUCAUCUCAAUUGGGAGAAGAGGAUCAACAUUUGCAUUGGUGCGGCCCGUGGAUUGGACUACCUUCAUACUGAGAAAUGUGUCAUACAUAGAGAUGUGAAGACCACAAAUAUUUUGUUGGAUGAAAACUGGAAAGCUAAGAUUUCAGAUUUUGGGUUGUCCAGAAUGGGCACCACAAACCAGCUGCAAACCCAUGUUAGCACAGAGGUUAGAGGCACAUUCGGUUAUUUGGAUCUGCAGUACUUCUUGACACGUAGGCUAACCGAGAAGUCUGACGUGUAUGCCUUUGGUGUGGUGCUGUUUGAAGUGUUAUGUGCAAGGCCACCUAUGGACUUUGGGGUUGAGGAGGACCAAUGA